UCAAACACAUUGCCAGGAGAGAUUUGAGAGCAGAGAGGCUUGGGCAAGACCAUUAAUGAUUUAGCCGAGAAAGGGGAGGGAGAAGCAUAUGCUUGUGUAUGAAAUAAAGCUUUUGAGGAAAACUUGACGUGAGAAGCCUCUUGGAGUACAAGGGAGUUAGAUUAGAGAGAGGUGCUUUGUUUAAUUUUGAUGAUACUUUAAAAGUUUUUGAAAUACAAGGACACCAUCCGCUUCAGGAAGUCAAGAUGUUUGCGGUGCAUUUAUUGUCGUUUUAUUUCACAAAACUCCAGGAGGAUCAGAUUAAGAAGGUGGACAGAUAUCUGUAUGCAAUGCGCCUGUCUAAUGAUCAGCUGGUAGAUAUAUCGGCUCGGUUUCGUCUGGAGAUGGAGAAAGGACUAUCAAGUGAAAGCACUGCUGCUGCCACAGUGAAGAUGCUCCCAACUCACGUAUAUUCAACUCCUGAUGGCUCAGAACGGGGAGAAUUCCUCGCACUGGAUUUGGGAGGCUCAAAAUUCAAAGUACUACAGGUGAAGGUUUCAGAUAAUGGGAAGAGAAGCGUUCAGAUGGAAAGUGAAACGUAUCCGAUUCCUGAAGAGAUCAUGAACGGAAGAGGUUCAGAGCUUUUUGAGCAUGUGGCAGAAUCUUUGAAAGCUUUUCUACUGAAGCACCACGUUAACCAGAACAGAAAGCCUCUCGGCUUGACUUUUUCCUUCCCUUGUGCACAGUCUAAAAUAAAUGAGGGUGUUUUACUGUCAUGGUCAAAGAAUUUCAAGGCCAGAGGUGUUCAAGGGUCAAAUGUGGUGCAGUCAUUAAAAGAUGCAAUGAAUGAAGUUGGGGGUGUCAAUGUGGAUGUCCUAGCUAUAGUCAAUGAUACAGUUGGGACCAUGAUGACCUGUGGAUAUGAUGACCAUAACUGUGAAGUGGGAGUUAUUAUAGGUACCGGCACUAAUGCGUGUUACAUGGAGGAGAUGAGAUAUAUUGACAUGGUGGAGGGAGAUGAAGGCAGAAUGUGUAUCAACACUGAAUGGGGAGCAUUUGGAGAUGAUGGAGCGCUUGAUGACUUCAUCACAGAUUUUGACCGUGAAAUUGAUGCUGCCUCAAUUAAUCCAGGAAAACAGCUUUUUGAAAAGAUGAUCAGUGGAAUGUAUAUGGGAGAGCUUGUGAGACUGAUCCUGCUGAAGAUGGCCAAGAAGGGUUUGCUCUUUAAUGGCCAGGUCACGGAUGAUCUCCGAACCCAGGGGAAAUUUCACACCAGCUAUAUCUGCUCGAUUGAACAGUAUAAAAGUGGUUUGGAAAACACCAGGGACAUCCUAAAGCAACUAGGACUUAAUCCAUCAGAUGAUGACUGCAUCGCUGUCCAGCACGUCUGCACCAUUGUCUCCUUCAGAUCGGCUAAUCUGGUUGCCGCCGCCUUGGCUGCCAUUCUCACACGGAUCAGAGAAAACAAGAAGCUGAAGACCCUCAGGACCACUGUAGGAGUCGACGGGACGGUCUACAGAACACAUCCACAGUACCCCAAGAGACUUCAUAAAGUGGUCAGAUAUCUGGUACCUGAUUGUCAUGUGCGCUUUGUACUAUCAGAAAGUGGCAGCGCAAAAGGUGCUGCCAUGGUAACUGCAGUGGCACAGCGGUUAGCUGCACAGCGUCAGAAGGUCGAUGACACCCUGGCGGCUUUUGCGUUAGACUUCACGCAGCUCCAGGAAAUCAAGGAGAAGAUGCACGUUGAGUUGGAGCGAGGUUUAAAGAAAGAGACACACUCCACAGCUUCUGUCAAGAUGCUCCCGACAUAUGUUUACAGAACCCCAGAUGGGACAGAGAGAGGAAAGUUCCUCGCCCUGGAUCUCGGAGGAACCAACUUCCGUGUGUUGGUGGUUAAGUUACGUACUGGCAUACAUAAUUCUGUCCGGAUGUACAACAAGAUUUAUGCCAUCCCACUGGAAAUCAUGCAAGGCACCGGAGAGGAGCUGUUUGACCACAUAGUUCAGUGUAUCUCUGAUUUCCUGGACUACAUGGGUAUGAAGAACACAUGCUUACCUCUUGGCUUCACCUUCUCUUUCCCAUGCAGUCAAUCGGGUAUUGAUAAGGGAUCUUUAGUCAGCUGGACAAAAGGCUUCAAAGCAACAGACUGUGAGGGGACAGAUGUUGUGGAUUUGCUGAGAGAGGCCAUCAAAAGACGAAAUGAAUUUGACUUAGAUAUUGUUGCUCUAGUGAAUGACACAGUUGGCACAAUGAUGACAUGUGCAUAUGAGGACCCCAAAUGCCAGAUUGGUCUUAUUGCUGGAACGGGCAGUAACGUAUGUUACAUGGAAGAGAUGAAGAACAUUGAGUUUUUGGAUGGUGAUGAGGGGCAGAUGUGUAUAAACACAGAAUGGGGGGGUUUCGGGGAGAACGAAAAUAUUGAAGACAUCCGAACCAGAUACGACAGAGAGGUGGAUGAAGGAUCACUGAAUGUGGGAAAACAAAGGUUUGAGAAAAUGACCAGUGGGAUGUAUUUGGGAGAGAUUGUGAGGCAGAUCCUCAUUGACCUCACAAAACAAGGUCUUCUGUUUCGAGGUCGCAUCACAGAGAGAUUAAAGACCAAAGGCAUCUUUGAGACCAAGUUCCUCUCACAGAUUGAGAGUGACCGCUUGGCACUGCUGCAGGUGAGGAGUAUACUCCAGCAUCUGGGUUUGGACAGCACGUGUGAUGACAGUAUUAUUGUCAAAGAAGUGUGUGGAGCUGUUUCACGCCGGGCAGCUCAGCUCUGUGGAGCAGGCAUGGCUGCUGUUGUAGACAAAAUCAGAGAAAACCGUGGGCUGGAUCAUCUUGAGAUAACUGUAGGAGUGGAUGGUACACUUUACAAGUUACAUCCACACUUCUCCACAAUCUUGAAGGACACUGUCAGACAGCUCGCUCCUAAGUGUAAGGUGGAUUUUAUCUUAUCAGAGGAUGGCAGUGGAAAAGGGGCGGCUCUGAUCACAGCAGUUGCAAGGCAACACAAAGGAGAUAAGCAAGAUGUGCGCUAAACUCUGUUCACAGAAGUGUGUUCUUGUAUAAGAUGCUUUAUGCUGUUUUAUACGUAUUAUUUUAAUUCUGUGUACAUAAAAAUAAGUGCCUUUGUGGAUCUUGGCAUAAAGUGUUCAUUUUAUUAUUAUUAUUUUUCUUAGUAUUGUAUUAUUUUAAAUGGGAUGAUUAGUGCAAUAAAGUUUGCAUCACUACAAAAUGUUUCGGUCUCACAUUCGCAUCAUCCAGUUGUCUUAUAUCUACACUCACUGUCUCUUUGAAGGCCUUUCUGUCAUUCACUUUCCUUUUGUUCAGACUCAGUGAGCAGUUUUGCAUGAGCAGUCAGAAUGAAUGGUGCACAGAGGCCAAACCAGGGGGCGGUGGCCGUGUGCACAAGAAUGUCAUGACUGUAUUUAGUAUUUCAAUUUUGAAUUUGACAUGGAUCUUCUAAUCAAACAUAGCUGGCUUUGGAUUAUAAACCUACAUUUUUAGUUUAGAGAUGUUUUUACAAAUUUUAUGUCAGUACCAUGGGUAUAUCAUGUAUGUUGCAGAGUAAAUCAGUAUUUUUGUACUGAUUUAAUACAUUUAUGUGUAGUAACAAUUCCACAUUUCCAGCUGUCUUUGCUAAUUUAAGUUACAAUGGGAUUAGACAAAGCGAUUAAAGUCGGCCAGCCUCUGGUCCCAAAUCCUUAUGGAGAAGGAAUGGAAAGGUUUACUCACCAUAAUCCUUCCCUUUAAUGCUAACUAACUAGGCCUACAUCCCUGGAAUAGUAUGUUACAGCUGUAGCAAUAGAGACCAAUAGCAUGCACACUAAUACUUGCAUGCAAAAUCAUGCAUGCAUAUUUACAUAAAAGCCUAGACCAGGGUUGCCAGAUCUUGCAGAAAAAACAAACCAGACAACACUGGCUUGCAUGCAAUCAUCGUUUGGUUGUAUUAAAAUGCUCUACUAAAUUAUGCAAAUUAA